AGGCUCAAAGACCUUUUCGCGCAGCUCGGUGUGCAAGAGGAGGUUGGUGCGUUGACUCUGGUGAUCACCCUCAGAGCGGAGCUGCUCGAGGCGGAGGCAUUUUUGCAGGAAACCGUCCCCGAGGACGAGGAGGAGGAAGAGGAAGAAGAGGAGGAGAACGAUAUCGGAAAGAGAAGGAAAAGGAGAAAAAGAGAACCAGGUCCCCCUUCGACCAUCUUGCCAUUGUGAAGAACGCAGUCACCUCGUACAUCGACAAGUCCGCCGAAGUGGUGAUCAGUUCAGUGAACAGGUCCGCCGCACUGAGCGUCACCAGCUCCGGAGCAGAUUCAAUGCGUGCUGCGGACGACUUGUUUGCCUUGCACAAGAGGAAAGCGGGUCUAGACAAGAACAUCGCCGACCUCGCAAAGGGAAUUAGUGUAGACAAGGAGAACAAGAUCAUGAUAAACCCUGCCAUUGUCGCCAAUGAGUCCAUCGAGGCGCUUUCGGAGCUCUUGAAAAUGAGACCCCUCGAUGCAGAAACAUACAUCGAACUCUCCCACGUUUAUCUCUCGAACGGUAAGAUAAAGGAAGCACUUUGGUGUGUUGGCGAGUGCUUGAUCAUUGGAUGUUCUGGCGCAUGGAACGUCUGGAGUUACAGAGCAGAGCUCUGCAUGUUGCAGGGGAAAUGCAUUGCUGCCGAAAACGGCGACGCAGCCAGCGUGAGGUCCUGGCUUUAUUCUGCAAUCGCCUCAUUCGCUCACUCCAUCGAACUAUGCUCCGGAUACGUACGAGCCUGGUGUGGACUGUAUGUUAGUCUACAAAAAUUGGACGAUCUGAAAAUAGAGGUGGAUCCUAUCUACCCAAAAAUGAAGUUUAUCACGCUUACGCAAAUUAAAGUAAUGUUGGACGAUGUUUCUAUUCCAGUCAAGGAAAGAGAGAACAUUCACUGGAUAUUAAACAAUUAUUAAUGUUGUUCUCUUUCCCUUUUCCUUUAUCUUUCUUAUAUUGUCUUUUU